AGCCAAAGAGGCGGCCGACCACAACGGAUUUACUCGCAAAUCCGAGGAUCAAAAACAUCAGCGUUCAGCUCGAACUAAAGCGAAAGUACGUUAAACAAUGGACGACAUGGACCAAGUCGCUCAGGGACUAUCAGGAAUGGAUUAAAUUCUUAUUGUCUACCUUCUCUUGAUUUUUAGAUCUGCUGAGCUCGAUCAUAUUAUGCGCUCACUAAUUGAAAGGGAAGAGAAGAUCAAGGAGAAGGAGGUGUAUUUGAUGAAUGCUGAAAAGAACUUCCAGACAGCGGACCAAAUGCUGAGAGAGAAGGAGACGGUGCUCAAUUCUCGGGAGGAGAUUUUACGUAAUCGGGAAUCAAGUCUGACUGAGCGCGAGAUGAAGUUGACCUGGGAGCGACAACAGCUAGAUGAAAGGCGACGCGAGCUCUUACUGGAACAGGAGAAACGACAAUCCAUGGCUCGGAAGGUCAUGUCCUCUAAGCUUAGUGAACCCAUGGCAAUAGACAGUGGGAGUCUCCACGACACCACUACUGUUACCACUACUGCCACCGCCAGUAAAACUAAUAGUCUCUCGACUAAUACCACAGCCUCUCAUGCCAUGCACUCUACCACUGCAUCUACAGCAUCAACCUCUCAGGCAAAUGUCAGCAAUACGAUGGAACGAUUUUUUGCGGCAUUGGCAGCAGAUCAAGGGCAGAACACGCGGACGUUUCCUCGGCGUAAAACCGGCUUGUCCGCAGGACGACAUUCACUGCAGGCAGCUAGCGUGUAUCGCACUUCAGGAUCAAACGGAUCAAUUACCAACGUAUUCUCCGCGCAGCAAACCUCUUCCUCAGAAGCAUUGGAUUUGGGCGGCACCUAUGCGUCCGGCCAAUUGGCAAGCAACUCGGGCAAUGCUCCGAAAACCGCUUCUACCGAGAAUCCAUCCACUGCCUCAAAACUUCUGCAGGGACAAUCUUACACGUAUCAAGGCGCUAAUGGCAAGGAAACGAGACUUUCAGGAAGACUUGGACAAUUGCCUAGCUUAAGUUCUGGGGGCUCUGCCGCGACAUCUUUGUCUACUGCAGACUCUCAGAGACUGAGAGGGAAGUCAAAAUCAGCAUCUGCGCUAGUGGCAUCCAUGUCGUCGACAUCACUAUCGAGCAAAACUCCAGCUCCUUCCUCCAGUAUCAACCCAUUUGUGGUGCCUGAGUUCAUGAAACCAAGCGCGGCGACCACAUCUGCAGGAGGCCUGACUGGCGUCUCGUCCAACCAUAAUUCAAUACCAGGUCUCACCUUCACAGCGUCUACGACCCUUCUCACGACAUCCCCAACCACCAAUCUCGAUAUGCAGAUGUCAGAUACAACGGACUCUUCUUCCCAGCCAUCAAGUGUUUCAGUGAACACUGGCAAUUCCCUACGACCAACAUCCACGCCUAAUAGUUCAUCCAGUCGAAGCCUGUACCCGCCCUUCUCUUCAUCAUCCGUGACCACUAGUCGUCUUUCAUCAAUUCGACCUCAUCUAAUCCCCUCAAUCGGUCAUAGUCGAUUCAAUUCUGCCUUGGCCUCUUCCUCGGCUGGGUCAAACAGCCACAGCACCCUAAGCACCGCAUCCGCCUCGAUACCAUCCUUGAACAGCAAUGACACCCAGUCUUUAGCGGCGGCGAGUGCGACAAAUGGCAAUGCAGUUGCUCAGGAUACAUCGACUACACCGUCAAAGUCCCAGAGCGCGACGAAUUUCGGCGACGAACGGUUUCAACGGCACUCUACGCCAGAACGGAGCCAGCGACUCGAGGACGAGGAUCUAAGGAUGGAAUGGGAUGAUGAUAUUCCGAGUCCGUUUAUUAAGAAGACGUAUCAGCGGCCACCGCCCGCUGGCUCAGGGGGCCCUUUGCCGUAUAGAAACCUCAUGGGAUCCUGAAAGCGUUUGUAAGGAUGUGUCACAAUACUAUCCAUCCUCGGUUAUUGUAGUCGGUGUAAUGUAUUUUAGUAAAGGAACAUU